AUUCCAUGCUGUCAAUAAAUGUUUAUUCAUUUAUUGUGCCUGAGUUCUUAGGUUAUAAAAGUUUUUAUUAGAAUAUAACUAUACAAGAAAAAAUUAAAAAUGAGUCAAGGCGGCGAGGUGGUUCCGUGGUUUAAUAAACAAGAGUGGCAGCAAGUUUAUGACAAAGUAUAUGCAGAACCUUCAGUGCUUGCUACAAAACAAGACGCUCUAAAUCAUUUAUUAGUCUGGAAGGCCAGGUGUCCUUCUUUGCCUUCAGGCAUUGAAUCAACGUUAACUUUGCUUGAAGUUCAUGUACAAGACUUAAGCAAUAACACAGAUAUACGUAGCGAUCAUAUAUUACGAUUAGCUUACUCAUCGGCACUAAUGCGAUUUGUAAAUCAUAUGCUAGAUUCAGACUCUGCAAAAGGUCUCACAUUGUAUCAAGCUGCAAAGAAUUCAGGUAUCCCAGAUUGGAUUAUAGAACUACGACACGAUACAGCCCAUAGUGACCGACUACCGCCUUUAGAUUUAUUGCGGGAAGCAACCCUCACUAGCUUAGAGUGGCUUCAAGUAAAUUAUUGGGAGAAGAAUAAACAAAAUUUUGAUAAUUUAAUAGUCGGGAAGUUACAAGAUAAUAGCGAUAUAGAAGAUAAAAUUGGAGCUCUUAUUAAUUUUUGUAUUUCUCUGAGCAUUUGUUCUCAUUCAAAAUGUAAUAUAAAACAUGUCUCUGAUAUAACAGACGGCACUUUAAGAGACUCCUUAAUAAAUGAUGCCAGAGAAUUAUUUAAUAACAAUAUUGAUUUUGCUAACUUAAAAUUAGUGUCUAUUAAUUAUCUAAUUGAAACAAUGAAUUCAAAGUGUAAGAAAAUUUUGAGUAAUGAGCUAGCAUCGAGGUUUGUUAAUAAAGUACUGAUGGCUGAUGACUCUUUAUUUUUAUCAGUAGAAUUACACAAUAUUCUAGACAAUUUUAAUUCUGAGUGUACAAAAAGUCUCUGUAAGCAAUAUGUACAAUGUUUUGAAGGACUGUUAAAUUUUCUUCACAAAAAUGAUUUAUUGCUUAACUUUGUAUUAGAGUUGAUAAAACUAACGCAGACAAAUAGUGAUAGAAAGAGUAGACUUGCUGCACAGUGGGUGUCCAUUAUAUUAAAAGCUUGGAAGAAAAACCAAAUAUUUAUGGAAAAAUUAUAUGAAUUAGAAACGGGAGUUUUGAGUGUAAAAGAUAAAAAGGAUUUAUACUCACUGUUCUAUCAUUGGUUUCCAAAUAAAAAGAAAUGUCUACUUAUAGAUUUACGUAAACCUGUACCAAAGGAAAUAACAAAUAUAAACUUUAUUAAGCCAAUAAUAUCAGCUUACAAUCCUAAUCUGACAUAUUUCAUUCAAGAUUUACUUAACUUAGUGCAACCUCGACUUCCGAAAUCUGCAAUAAAUAAAAUAUGCAGAUUGGCUAAAGUAGUUGCAUCUCCAGAAGUAUUUCCAAUGAUGUCUACAAAAAUUUACACAGUGGACGAUAUUAAACAACUAGAAGUUAUUGAUGAAUUAAUUGUCGUUAAUGACAAUGAAGUGCUAGAAGUCAAUACAGUGGAAAAAGAAAAGCCCGUUGUAGACACAAGUAAUCAAAAAUAUGGCAUUUGGCAAAUAUCUUCUGAAAAACAUGCAUGGUCCACAUGCCCCAUAGGACAGCUGCCAUGGCAGAUGUGCCAGCAAGGUGAGCCAGUGGACAUUUAAAAGACAAUAAAAGAUAAUUAUCCACAGCAA